UGGUGCAGCAGAUGGCCAGCUCAAGGACACAGAGUCAGGUUGGCCAAAAUUUAUAGACGACAGAAGAUUGGCGCUACUAUAAGAGCAUCGCUAUUAUAGUAUCAAGGAGUUUUAAUAUAUAUUCUAACUCCUCUUUAUGUAUGUUGAACUCCUUAUUGAGAUUUUUGACAGGUGGUGUUAUAUCAAUGUGGCUUACUGCAGGCUCAUAAGGAUUUAAAGAUCUUCGCGGCCCUAUAAACAACAACAAUGACCCUUACUGCUGUGGGGUAAGUGGCACCUUUUGCUGUGCUGUGCGUGGAGUGGGCGGCGUGUGGGGGCGUGGGCAGCUGAGAAAUAGGUGAUAUAAGAUUUUGAUGUGUUCUGUCCUGUCUUAUUUCAGUCCAGCCUGGUCUAUCCCAGUGCCUCCCAGCCUCUCCCAGUGCCUCCUAGCCUCUCCCAGUGCCUGCCAGCCUCUCCCAGUGCCUCCCAGCCUCUCCCAGAGACUCCCAACCUCUCCCAGUGCCCCCCAACCUCUCCCAGAGUCUCCCAGUGCCUCCCAGCCUCUCCCAGUGUCUCCCAGCCUCUCUCAGUGUAUCUUAGCCUCUCCCAAUGCCUAUCAGCCUCUCCCAGUGGCAUCACAGCUUCUCCCAGUGCAUCCCAGCCUCUCCCAGUAUUAUCAUUAUUACUAUAGAUAAAUGGCAUGGAAUAAAAAGAUAAAGUUAAGAA